CCUCCACGCUAUGAGUUCCUCUGGGGCCCCAGAGCUUAUGCUGAGACCAGCAAGAUGAAAGUCCUAGAGUUUGUGGCCAAGAUCCACGAUACAGUCCCCACUGCCUUCCCAGUCUGGUAUGAAGAGGCUCUGAAAGAUGAAGAAGAGCGAGCCCGAGCCAGAGUUGUAGCCAAGGCUUGCACUGCUGCUGUGGCCAGUGCACGUGGCAAGGCCAUGGCCAGCAGCUUCUCCUGCCCCAAUUACUGAGUCAUCUGUCUGCCCAUCUGCCUGCUGCCCUUGUCAAAAGUCACCAUGCCGCGGGGUCAGAAGAGUAAGCUCCGUGCCUGUAAGAAGCGCCGCCAGGCUCGAGAAGAGCUGCAGGAUCUGGUGGGUGCUCAGGCCACUGCAGCAGUGGGAGAAGUUUUCCACUCCCCUUCCUCUCUUUGUUUCAAGAGUUCACCUGCUGCUGGGUCAUAUAGCGUUUCCCAGGGUCCUCAGGGAGCCAUAUCCACCAGCACUACUGCUGCAUCUGUUUCACACACAAGAUCAAAUGAAAGUGCUGACAACCAAGUGGAGGAAAGACCAAGAUCCUCCCAGGCUCAGCCCACCGCUGAGCCGUUCCCCAGAGGCCCGCUAGAUGAGAAGGUAGUUAAAUUGGUGCAUUACCUGCUGUACAAGUAUCAAAUGAAAGAGCUCAUUAGUAAGGCAGGAAUGCUGAGAAAUGUAAUUCAAAUGUAUAGGAAUCACUUUCAUGAGAUCCUCAAGAGAGCCUCUGAGCACUUGGAGCUGGUUUUUGGCCUUGACUUGAAGGAAGUGGAUCCCAACCGGCACAUCUAUGUCCUUGUGAACAAAUUGGAACUAAGUUAUGAUGCAAUGCUGAGUGAUGAUGAAGGGGUUCCCAAGACUGGCCUGUUGAUGACUAUUCUGGGUGUGAUCUUCACAAAGGGCAACUGUGCCGCUGAGGAGCAAGUCUGGCAAGUAUUGAAUGUGAUUGGGUUAUAUGCGGGGAUGGAGCACUUCAUUUUUGGGGAGCCCAGGAAGCUCAUCACCGAGGAUUUGGUGAAAGAAGAGUACCUGGAGUACAGGCAGGUGGCCAACAGUGAUCCUCCACGCUAUGAGUUCCUGUGGGGCCCCAGAGCCUAUGCCGAAACCAGCAAGAUGAAAGUCCUGGAGUUUUUAGCCAAGGUUCAUUAUACCGUCCCUAGUGCCUUCCCAGCCUGGUAUGAAGAAGCUUUGCAAGAUGAGGAAGAAAGAGCACAAGCUAGAGCUGCAGCCAGGGCUCACACUGCAGCCAUGGCCAGUGCACGUGCCAGGGCCAUGACCAGUGCACAUUCUAAGGGCAUAACCAAUGAGCACUCCAGGGCCAUGACCAAUGUGCAUUCCAGGGCCAUAGCCAGUGUGCGCUCCAAGGCCAUGCAGACAAUUCCUCCCACCCCUAAUAAAGUCUGAGCCCAACUUUUUA